AUGAAGCUUGAUCCUCCAUCUCUUGGGUCUUUGCCCGUUGGGAUUCUGUGCUCGAUCUUCCGUCUCUUGGACCCUAUUGGGCUCAUAUCCAUCAGCCAAACGAACUCCAAAUUCCGCACAGUGAUUCAGCCAAAACGAACUCAUUUACUGGAGAGGUUGCUUGAACUUGAAUGCCGAGAAGAAGUCGGAGGGGUCACGCCCGUCUUUCGAUCGAAGGACAACCACCUCGUCCCUGACUUCACGUCAAAAGAAUGGUAUGAUAUGCGCUGGGCCUGUAGCAUCUGUCUCAAGAUGCUUCCACAUACAUCAUUCGACAACCAUUACAUUCUACGACUGCAGUACCGCAAGCCAUUGCCAGGAUCCCCGGCAGCGAGAUCUUACACGAGCUGGGAGUCAACACGAGAUGGGAAACUUCGCAGACCGUACCAUAUACACAAACAACAAGUUAAUUCCAAUGAUGAGGACCGGAAAAUACGGCGUCGAUAUGGUCUCGCAUCUAGGUGCAACACAUUAAGACCGAACCAUCCUGUGCGCGAUAGGGGCGCAAGAUUGGCCAGCUUUCAAGACAGCGGCAUGAUCACAUUCCAAGGCUUUAGUCUGGACGAAUACUGCAGUAUCACACAAGAGGAAGAACAGGUGCUUCUGGACCAUGAAGCACGCCUUAUUGAGAGGGAGCGUUGCGGCUUCAAGCGGCAUUUGCGCAAGUGCAACGAAUGCCGUUUCCGGCGUCGUGAGCUUUCGUCUACUGUGCAGAGAGGCACAAAUAAGGUACCCAUAGUACCGAGCCGUCGUCUACCAUUUGCCAGUGCCUUGGACCGAUAUUUCCCAGGUGUUUCCGCCAUAAUGAACAGUGUGUGCCCAACCACAAAUGCCCCUGUUCAACGCGUGCAUAGCAACAACGCUUCUGAUUCUUUCUGGACUAUGUAUAUGGUGCGGUGUCCAGUAUGUUCGCGCUGGCAGGAAUUGCGUGCGCUUCGCCUUGGUGCGGCUUUCAAUCACUGGGCACCUACCGCCAACUCUGCCUCGGAGCUCCAAAACUGGGACAAAACUAAAAUCACCGGAAGUUUCAUCAAUGGCUUGUCCUGUAAUCAUUGUUUUGCUAAAGAUCAGGGGCACAAAAAGCUUCGUGAAGUACUUGUGAAUUGGUUGGACUGCUGCUUGGAUAGCGAGCGACAGCGGUUAGGGUAUCUGCUUUUGGGUGGCUGGGAGACGCUGUUAAGCCGAUACCGACGGCUUGAGGAGGUAAGCGACGUCAUUGAGGCUAGACAUUUUCUAUUUGACAUUCAGCUUGUUGUUGCAAAAGUCCAGAAAGACCACAACUAUCUCAGAAUUGUCCUCAGUGAUAUCUUGACAUUGUGGCUGGGCUUUCGUAAGUGGGUUACCGUAUGGGAGAACAUGGGUUCCGAAUAUCGAAGUUACUUCAAAUGCAACCCUCGCGAUGAUAUGUGGUUCAAUAGCUAUGAGCUGAUUGAGACACACUUGAUCUGGGUGAUUGGAUGCAAAAGGGAGAUAAUGGAGGAGGACAAGGGUAAUGACCUGGUUGACUGGGCACUGAGCCGAGAAGGAAGUGCUUGA